CCGACGCGACCCAAUAGCUUAUCUUUCGUGCACCCACUCUCCAUCUCUCCCCAGAGAGAGAAAAAUGGCGGCUUUCACUAUGCUAACGCCAUGGCAAGCCACCAGCUUGCAUUAUUAUAAUAUUAACAUUUGCCAUUAUCAAAACCAAAAUGUUUAUAAUAAUGCUAAAACUAUCCAUAAGGCUAAGUCCUCGUCCUCCUUGUUAAGUUAUCAUCCUUCCCCUGCGUUCUCUUCUCUUUCUACACUAGCCAAAUCAAAUAUGCCAUCAACCAAUUUCUCGACUUCAGGCAGUAAAUAUUCAUGGUUGCAAGACAAUUCCAUGCAUCAUGAUGCUAGCAUUGUCAGUGGAUUGAGGCGGGGUCCAAUAUAUUCAGUUUUUCCCACAAAACGUGCAGAAGUGUCUUCUGUACUGGACCUUUAUGAAUUCAUAUGCUCUGGUCCUCUAAUGGAUAAAGUGGGACUGACCCCAGAAAAGAUUGCUGAGUCAAUUGACAAGUGGUUGUUUUAUGGGUCAAAGCUUUGUCGACUGUUCCAGCUCAAUGAACUUUACCUUACUAUUCCUCAGAAAGCAAGGUUUUAUCACUACUACAUACCAGUCUUUGAAUGGUGUGAAGAACAGAUAUCACAGCACUCGUCCAAGUUUAAAGAUGGGGAAGAGAUACCUCCUUUAGUGAUUGGUUUCAGUGCACCACAGGGUUGUGGAAAGACAACACUUGUCUUUGCUCUUGAUUAUCUUUUUAGGAUCACUGGCAGGAAGUCUGCAACAUUAUCCAUAGAUGAUUUCUAUUUGACAGCAGAGGGUCAGGCCAAAUUGAGAGAAGAAAACCCUGGAAAUGCACUUUUAGAGUUGCGUGGAAAUGCUGGAAGCCACGAUCUUCCAUUCUCUGUUGAAACACUGACAGCUCUAAGCAAUUUAACUAAAGAAGGUAUGAAGAUGAAGCUUCCUCGAUAUGAUAAAUCUGCAUAUAAUGGGAGGGGUGACAGAGCUGAUCCUUCGGUAUGGCCUGAAGUUGAAGGGCCCCUAACGGUUGUUCUGUUUGAAGGCUGGAUGCUUGGCUUCAAACCCCUUCCUACUGAAAAUGUUAAAGAUGUUGAUCCACAGCUGGAGAUGGUAAAUAAAAAUCUUGAAGCAUAUUAUAAUGCAUGGGACAAGUUCAUUAAGGUAUGGAUUGUUAUCAAAAUUCAGGACCCAAGUUGUGUCUACCAAUGGCGUCUGCAGGCUGAGAUUGCCAUGAGGGAGGCAGGGAAACCUGGAAUGUCUGAUGAGGAGGUGAAAGAUUUUGUUUCAAGGUACCUGCCUGCAUACAAAGCUUACCUUCCUACCCUAUAUUCUGAAGGACCAAGCGGAUCAGAUCCAAAGCGUCUUCUCCUAAUUGAGAUUGAUGAAGGGAGGAAUCCCAUCCUAUGUGACUAAAUCAAUUUUUUUUUUUGGUCGAAUACAAGUUUCAAAUCCAAUUUUGGUUUCUUGGAGAAGAUGUGUUGUGAGGUGUAAUUACUUGUAAAUUUUAUCAUCAAUAUUUUGCAAUGUAUUCAUAUUGUAAAUGUAACAUAGUACAGGUGUCUUCAAUGAAAUUAAGUUUGUGUCACAAAUUCUGAUAAUUGUGACAUGCAUUUCAAUCAAGAAAUGUGGUGAAAA